AUGGCAUCUUGGUUAGGAUUUGGAGGAUCUUCCAAGAAAGAAGACACAACACAACAAACAUCACAAAUAAAUAACAAUCUUGGAUUUGAUCCAUCAUCAAUUUCUGAUGUUUCAUCAAUUAUAUCGACUCCAGGUGGAUUAGAUACAUCAAGAUUACAUCCUUUAGCAGGUUUAGAAAAAGGUGUUGAAUAUUUAGAUCUUGAAGAUGAAAAUUUAACUCAAUUAGAAGGUGCUCAAGGUUUAAUUCCUUCAAGAGGUUGGACUGAUGAUUUAUGUUAUGGUACAGGUGCUGUUUAUUUAUUGGGUCUUGGUUUAGGUGGUUCUUAUGGGUUUUUUGAAGGUUUAAGAAACAUCCCAGCAAAUUCUCCUGGUAGAUUAAGAUUAAAUACAGUUUUAAAUCAUGUUACUAAAAGAGGUCCAUUUUUAGGUAAUACUGCAGGUGUUUUAGCUUUAACUUAUAAUUUAAUUGAUAGUACUAUUGAUGGUCUUAGAGGUAAACAUGAUGCAAUUAAUUCUAUAGCUGCUGGUGCCAUUUCAGGUGCUUUGUUUAAAUCUACUAAAGGUUUAAAACCUGCAGGUAUUGCAUCUGGUUUAAUGGCUGGUGCUGCUGCAACUUGGUGUGGUAUUAAAGCUUUAUUAGCUUAA